GGGACGGUCAGGGUCCGCAGUCCUCGGAGCCCCACGCUGGCUCCCGCACACUUGGGGUAGCAAGGUUUCAGCGCUGGGCACUGACGUCGGCCUUCAAGGCCCCCACCCGGGCCGCGGCGGAGGGCGGAGCCGGGAGCCCGCCGCCCCGCCCCCAUCCCCGCCCCCGCGCGCUGCGGGCCUGGGGCGUGGAGAGGGGAGCUCAGCGGAAAACGCAGACCCCGCGCCCCCAGGCCCGGGGUCCCGGGGAGUUGAGUUCCUCGGUCACCUGCGGGCCGCAGGGUCGGGGCGGGUGUCGGUGCAGGGUCCCAGGAAGUCCCGACAUAUGGCUGUGGGCGGAAACCCGUCUGGGAGCCUCUCCCCAGCCAUGGACAGCCCCAGUCUUCGAGAGCUCCAACAGCCUCUGCUGGCGGGCGUGGGCUGUGGGUCCCCCAUCCAGAAGCCUGGGGAACCUCAGAUGGGGCCUCCCUUUCGAGAGACAGCCUUUGCGGAGUCCCUGGGGGGUUGGCACUUCCUACCAUCACCUCUUCCUUCUGUGAGCGCUGGUCUUGGGGAGCUGGGAACCCCUGACCUGGAGGACCCAUCAUCCAGCGACAGCGACUCGGACUGGGACAGGGGCAGCCUUCUCUCCCCGCUCCUACCCCACGACCACCUCGGGCUGGCUGUCUUCUCCAUGCUCUGCUGUUUCUGGCCUGUGGGCAUUGCAGCCUUCUGCCUGGCCCAGAAGGUCAGUCUGUGGGUAGGGCUGGAUCUAAGGGGAAAGUGUAUUCAGAACAAAACAGAAGUGCUAUGCCUUGGUGGGGGGCAAAAGUGGAGAGAAGGACCUGCACAGAAACAUGGAAAGGUAAAACUAGUGUUUCAGAGUGGAAGCCCAGAGCGGUGGUUAGGAACCUGGGCUCAAAUUCCUAGGCCUGACGCACUCCGUUAAUACUUUUGGGCAAGCCACUUAACCUCCCUGGGCCUCAUUUUCCUCACCUGUAAAACGGGAAUAAUUCUUACCUCUGGGUCAUCGUGAGGUUCAGAGGAGUUCAAAUGGUGGCACCGAGUGAGAGGUCUAUUUCUAUUAGCCACUUGGGCACCCCUGUGCGUGGACCACAGUGGCUGCUCCCUGUUUUUGGAAUCUCUGAAUGAGCCUGUGGGGGCGGGUCCAGGGCAAGGGUCUGGGGUUGCAGGCCGCAGGGAUGCCUGAGUCACCGCUGCCCAACGC